AUGGUGGACGAAAUCGAGACCGAAGAGCGCAAGGAGCUCGACCUUACUUCCGCCGAUGUCGUCACCAAGUAUAAGGCAGCUGCGGAGAUUGCCAACAAGGCUCUUGCGACUGUGGCUGCACAGGCCAAGGCGGGAGCAAAGGUGCUAGAACUAUGCGAGCUCGGAGACAAGACUAUCAACGAGUUAUCUCAGGGCGUGUUCAAGAACGCCAAGAAGAAGAUAGAGCGCGGGGUGGCCUUCCCCACAUGCGUGUCCGUCAACAACAUCGUCUGCCAUUACUCCGCCGCUGCCGGCGACGAGGCCGCUCUCGCUAACGGCGACGUGGUCAAAAUCGACCUGGCGGCGCACAUCGACGGGUUCAUCGCGUCGGCGGCGCACACGGUGGUGGUGCAGGAGGACGCCGCCGCGCCCGUCACGGGCAAGGCUGCUGACGUCAUCGCCGCCGCCAACACCGCCGCAGAGGUUGCCUUGCGGCUCGUCCGACCGGGCAAGCACAACAAGGAGGUGGCGGAGGCGCUGCAGAAGGUGGCGGAGGCGUACGGCGUGCACGUGGUGGAGGGCGUGCUGUCGCACCAGAUGAAGCAGUUCGUGAUCGACGCCAAUAAGGUCGUGCUCUCCGUCUCCUCGCCCGAGAUGCGCGUCGAGGACUUCGAGUUCGAGGCCAACGAGGUGUACGCCGUCGAUAUCGUCAUGAGCUCCGGCGAGGGCAAGCCUAAGCUGGUGGACGAGAAGCAGACGAUGGUGUACAAGCGCGCGGUGGACAAGGCGUACAGCCUCAAGCUCAAGGCGUCGCGCGCCAUCUUCAGCGAGAUCAGCCAGAAGUUCUCCAUCAUGCCCUUCACGGCGCGGGCGUUGGAGACAAAGGCAGCGCGGUUGGGGCUGGUGGAGUGUGUCAACCACGACCUGCUGCAACCCUACCCUGUUCUGCACGAGAAGCAAGGCGACAUGGUGGCGCACAUCAAGUUCACGGUGCUGCUCAUGCCCAACGGCUCGGACCGCAUCACAUCGGCCACGCUCCAAACACUGCAGCCCACGAGUGAGCUGCAAGAUGCCGACGUCAAGGCGUGGCUCGCCAUGUCGUACAAGACCAAGAAAAAGACGACUUCAAAGAAGAAGGCUGCUAAGGAAGGCUUGGAGGCUUUGCUUCUCUUCCUCGUCAGCUUGCCGCUCCCUCGUCCGCUCAUUUCUCGCUUCGUUCCGCUGGUUCUUGCGGCGCUGCAACCGCUCCUGGCGGUGGUGCCGUUUUGCCUCUUCUUUCUCCUGGACGUGUACUGGAAGUACGAGUUCCGCAUGGACUGCCGCGGCGGAGCCUGCACAUCAGCGGACCGCGACAGAUACCAGAAGUCGGUCAUCAAGAGUCAGCGCAACUUUAUCCUCGGGCUGUUCGGCAUUUACCUCUACUGGGUGCUGUACCGCUACUGCGUGCUGAGCAUGAAAGUGAACAGGCUCGAGGCCAUUAUCCCUGCCGACAAGCCCAAGAGGGUCACCAAGGACGCACCCAAGGAGGCGUCCAAGGAGCAGUAG